UGUCAGCAGCCGCCGCUUCCUGGAGCCAUUUUCCAGCCGGCCCCACACAGCGGGAGCGGCCCCGCUCCAUCCGCCGCAUCUGCCCGCCCCGCCGCCUCCGUCCCCCCCCGGCGCCCCGCAUCCUGCAGCCGGGGCCCCCCCGGCACCCGCAGCCCCCAGUAUUUUGCGCGGGGCCUCGGCAUCGAGGAGGAAAGGAGCUGGGAAGGCCGGGGGGGGAGGAGGGACGGGGGGGAGGAGGAGACGCGGCUGCGGGGACAGACCCGGAGGGAAGGAUGAGAAGGGGACUCCAGCCUUCGGCCCCGGCAGCAGCGCCGCCGCCCGCGCCGUCCACGGACUCGAGAGCAGCCCCCGCCGCCUUCCCGGCCCGCUUUGCCGCCGGCACCUUCAUCCAGAUCCGCAGCACCGGCGCGGUGGCGGGGGCGCCCUGUGUUGUCUCCUCCUCCGCCGCCGCCGCUUCCCAGGCUCCCGGUGCCUUUGCCCCGGCGGCGGAUGGGGGCCAGCCCGCUGGCAGCUCGCUGUACUGCACCCCCCACGGACCCGCCGGCAGGACGGCGCUGCUGCAGCCCGCUCUCGGCGGAGGCGGAGGCCGCCCCCCGGCAAAACGAAGGCUGGAGCUUGGAGAAAGUGGCCACCAGUAUCUUGCGGAAGGACUGAAGACUCCAAAGGGGAAAGGAAGAGCUGCAACAAGAAGUCCAGAUAGUCCAAAAACUCCAAAAUCUCCUUCAGAAAAGACUCGGUAUGAUACAUCCCUUGGCCUUCUUACAAAGAAGUUCAUUCAGUUGCUGAGCCAAUCUCCUGAUGGGGUCUUAGAUUUGAACAGAGCGGCAGAGGUCCUCAAGGUGCAAAAAAGGAGGAUUUACGAUAUCACCAAUGUACUGGAAGGCAUCCAUCUCAUUAAGAAAAAAUCCAAAAACAACAUUCAGUGGAUGGGCUGCAGUCUGUCAGAGGACGGCGGGAUGCUAGCACAGCGCCAGGGCCUCACCAAGGAGGUGACUGAACUGACUCAGGAAGAGAAGAAACUGGAUGAGCUAAUCCAAAGCUGUACCCUGGACCUCAAGCUGCUAACGGAGGACUCAGAGAAUCAGAGAUUAGCUUAUGUGACAUAUCAAGAUAUUCGAAAAAUUAGUGGCCUUAAAGACCAAACUGUUAUAGUUGUGAAAGCUCCUCCAGAAACAAGACUUGAAGUGCCUGAUCCAGUGGAGCAGAGUGCAUUGAUACAUUUAUCUAGUACUCAAGGACCUAUUGAAGUUUAUCUGUGCCCAGAAGAAAACGAUGCCCUCAGUCCAAUGAAAACUUACAGUCAGGACCACAAUGGGAAUAUUUCCAAAACCAUUUCCAAAGAAGUGGCUUCUGCUAACUCAGGACAAGGUGACUGCUCAGUAAAUAUGGCAACAAUCUCUCCAUUGGCUUCUCCAGCCAACCUUCUACAGCAGACUGAGGACCAAAUUCCCUCAAACUUUGAAGGACCAUUUGUGAAUUUGCUGCCUCCUCUGCUUCAGGAAGAUUAUUUGCUGAGCCUUGGGGAUGAAGAAGGCAUCAGUGACCUCUUUGAUGCUUAUGAUUUAGAGAAACUUCCUUCACUGAUGGAUGAAUUUAUAUACAGCUGAUUGUCUUAAGUGCUGUCCAUAUCUAAACUAUGUUUUUAAUGGAAUCAAAAAACCUGCCGUCAUUCAGAGUUGUCCUCUACUUACCAUAAAAUAGCAUUAUUAAAUAAACUAGGCUCCUGAACAGUGCUGAUAUUUUAAAUGAAUACUCCCUAUAAAAGCAUAAGAAACAACAGAGGGCUUUUACAGCAGAGCCUUCUCCUUGACCCCAAUCUCCAGUGCCUUGCAAGUCAGCAGGUGCAAGCAGGUGACCGUAGGAGUUUUGUCUCCACACUCCCCCAGUCUCUGCUUUCCAUGACAAGUGGGCUUAUGGAGAAGGGCUUCAUGAACUGGUCUAGUCCUAAAUAACAAUUUUGUAAUAGUAUUUCAGGUCGUGCCUUCUGCAGAGAAUGCAUGUCUUUUGAGUGUCACAACAUGGAUUGUACAUGCAGUGAACGUAAAUAUGAAGUAAUGCAAAAGAGUGGAAUGGGAUUCUUCAGCUACUUGUGGGAAUGUUUAAAUUGCUGUCAUAAUGCUCAUUUUGAGCUGUGUAUAUGUCUCAUUAUGAGGUCAAAUACUUAUGUCCUUAAAAGCUUUUAAAGAAAAGAAAAUACACUGUAAAUGUAGUGUAUAUUGCAGAUAUUGAAAAGUAUAAAGUUCUGCCACUUCUCGUAGUAAUCGCAGAUUUUUAAAAAUGCUUGUGUGUGUGCGUGUGUGUGUGAAAGUAGUUU